CUCUCUCUUUCUGUCUCUCUCGCUACCUCAGAUUCAUUCUUGGUCAUCGGCUUCAACAGACAGACUAUCUCCAUUGUCUCCUUAAACAAGUGCGGAGUUAAUAGUUACAGUUUGCGUCACGACUGAGCUCCAUGCCCUUUGCGGAUCUUUUUAUUGUCUUGCGAUCAAUCUUUUGAUCAAUCUUUUUUUGGAGAAAAAAAAUCUCUCUCUUCAGGAGGUCUGAAAUUUACAUUUUUCUUGAGGUGUAAAACUGCUUAGCUCCGCAAGGAAGUUGCCUAAGGCGGACAGGGACCCCACGGGAUGCUUCCCCUAUUCCACAUCGUGGGAGGAACCUAAUUUUCUGAUUUUCUUACCUCUUAUACUCCCUCAGUGGGUGUCUUCACAUUCCUUCGGUGAUGGGUGUUUAAUGCCAGAUUGUCUCAUGCCCUGCGCAGUACUAGUUGUUGGGCUCAACAAAGGAUGUGACUUGUGGAUUUCAUGCUCUGCCCCCUAACCAGAUACUCUCAACUAAAGUGCCACAUUUCCUGCUACACCUCCUGUCCACGCACUCUCUUCCCUGGAAUAUGACUUCGCUCAUGGGGCUUGGCUAACUUCACACCUGGGGUCCUUUACCCCUGCCUCGUUAAUCAGUAGAAAGGGCUGACAUAAAUAAUCUUUAAAGACUCUAGGUUCGCAUUUUGUUACCAACCUCUUUGAUCAUGGAAUCUCAGUGGAGCCCAACCUUUCCUCUCCACUCUCCCUCUGUCAUCUUCCUGCUUCUGGCUACUUCUUACACUUGGCUCUUUCCCAUCACCUCUCCUCAGCGAGUCCCGAUAGACCCUCAGGCGGCACCCGAAUACGCUCACUCCAUACGACUGGACGGCGACAUCAUACUUGGUGGAUUGUUCCCGGUGCAUUCGCGGGGCGACCGCGGUACACCAUGCGGGGAACUGAAAAAGGAGAAGGGCAUUCACCGCUUGGAGGCCAUGAUGUUUGCCAUUGACCUGAUCAACAAGGACCCAGAGCUGCUGCCCAACAUCACCCUGGGGGCCCGGAUCUUGGAUACCUGCUCCAGGGACACAUACGCUCUGGAGCAGUCCCUGACGUUUGUACAGGCCUUAAUAGAAAGGGACGGCUCGGAUGUCCGCUGCGCUAAUGGAGACCCUCCGAUCUUCACCAAGCCUGAUAAAAUUGUGGGUGUGAUUGGAGCUGCAUCCAGCUCUGUGUCCAUCAUGGUGGCCAACAUCCUGCGCCUGUUUAAGAUCCCCCAGAUCAGCUACGCCUCCACUGCCCCAGAGCUGAGCGACAACACCCGCUAUGACUUCUUCUCCCGGGUGGUGCCACCAGACUCCUACCAGGCUCAGGCUAUGAUGGACAUUGUCACAGCGAUGGAGUGGAACUACGUGUCCACGCUGGCCUCAGAGGGCAACUAUGGCGAGAGUGGAGUGGAGGCCUUCAUCCAAAUUUCCAGAGAAACUGGUGGUGUGUGUAUUGCCCAGUCUUUAAAGAUCCCCAGGGAGCCGAGGCCUGGAGAGUUUGACAAGAUCAUCAGGCGCCUGCUGGAGACCUCCAAUGCCAGGGCCAUCAUCAUGUUUGCCAAUGAAGAUGACAUACGGCGAGUUCUUGAUGCAGCUAAAAGGAACAACCAGACUGGCCACUUCUUGUGGGUUGGAUCAGACAGCUGGGGGUCCAAGAUCUCUCCUGUGAUUGGCCAAGAGAGAGUGGCUGAGGGAGCCAUCACUAUUCUGCCCAAACGAGCAUCUGUGGAUGCAUUUGACCGGUAUUUCCGCAGCCGCUCUCUGUCGAACAACAGAAGAAAUGUUUGGUUUGCUGAAUUCUGGGAGGAAAACUUCAACUGCAGGCUCGGGAUGCACGGCAAACGGCCCGGUGUGCUAAAAAAGUGCACAGGUUUAGAAAAAGUGGGCAGGGACUCCAGCUAUGAGCAAGAAGGGAAGGUUCAGUUUGUGAUGGACGCCGUCUACGCAAUGGCACACGCUCUGCAUCGCAUGCACCGGGAGCUCUGCUACGGGUACCCAGGCCUCUGCCCACGCAUGGCUAACAACAUUGAUGGGAAGGAGCUGCUCAGCCAUAUCCGUGCAGUCAAAUUCAAUGGAAGUGCCGGUACACCAGUAAUGUUCAAUGAGAAUGGAGAUGCUCCAGGACGAUAUGACAUCUUCCAGUACCAGAUUACCAACAGAUCCACUGCUGAGUACAAAGUUAUUGGCUCCUGGACCAACAAAUUACAUUUGAAGAUGGAUGCAAUGCGUUGGAAGACGGGUGAUCCAUCCCUGCCAGCCUCCGUGUGCAGUUUGCCAUGUCGUACUGGCCAAAGAAAGAAGGUGGUGAAAGGAGUGCCAUGUUGCUGGCACUGCGAAAGCUGUGAGGGAUACCACUAUCAGGCCUCAGAAUUCACAUGCGAGCUGUGUCCCUACGAGAUGCGACCAGAUACCAACCGAACAGGGUGUGUUCCGAUUUCUAUCAUCAAACUGGAGUGGCACUCCCCCUGGGCCGUUGUACCUGUAUUCAUCUCCAUGCUGGGGAUUAUUGCCACCUCCUUUGUCAUUGUCACUUUUGUGCGGUAUAACGAUACACCCAUUGUCCGAGCAUCCGGCCGGGAGAUGAGUUACGUGCUCCUGACCGGAAUCUUCCUGUGCUAUGCCAUCACGUUCCUAAUGAUUGCAACGCCGGAUGUAGGUGUGUGCUCACUGCGGAGAAUUUUCCUUGGCUUGGGCAUGUGUUUUAGCUAUGCUGCACUGCUCACAAAGACCAACAGGAUACACCGCAUCUUUGAGCAAGGGAAGAAGUCUGUAACAGCACCCAGGUUUAUCUCUCCUGCUUCACAGCUCGUCAUUACCUUUUCCCUAAUCUCGAUUCAGCUUCUUGGCGUUUUCGUCUGGUUCGCUGUGGACCCUCCCCACACUGUAGUGGACUAUGGAGAGCAGCGGACCCAGGACCCAAUGGCGGCCCGUGGAGUCCUCAAAUGUGACAUCUCAGACCUGUCUCUUAUCUGCUCUUUGGGUUACUCCAUCUUGCUCAUGGUGACGUGCACAGUUUAUGCCAUUAAGACACGAGGCGUACCUGAAACCUUCAACGAGGCCAAGCCAAUCGGAUUUACCAUGUACACCACAUGUAUCAUUUGGCUGGCAUUCAUACCCAUCUUCUUUGGCACAUCACAGUCUGCAGAAAGGAUGUACAUCCAAACUACCACCCUGACGAUCUCUCUCAGCCUCUCUGCCUCCGUAUCUCUGGGGAUGCUGUACAUGCCUAAGGUCUACAUCAUCCUCUUCCACCCAGAGCAAAAUGUGCCCAAAAGAAAACGUAGCUUCAAGGCAAUCGUAACAGCAGCCACUAUGUCAGGAAAGCUGACCCAAAAGGGAGGAGACCGGCCAAAUGGAGAAGUCAAGACUGAACUGUGUGAGAGUAUGGAGACCAACAGUGACUUCAUCAACUAAGACGACAUAUGUCAGCUACAGUAAUCAUGCCAUCUGAAAGGACUACAGGGGGAAGGAGGUGUGGAUCACAUCUGAUUUUGCCGAAAAAUGUGUGAAUGCACAGAAGGCCCAAUGGAAACCAAGCAUGAGACAUUUUGUAUUUGUUACCCAUCAAUACCACAGAGGUGGGACCACUCAAACAGCCAGUCAGUGUGCCUGCUUUGCUGCUACUCCCAGCUCAUUGGUCCUGCCAUGAACUUACCUGUUUAAAGAAAAAAAAAAGUGAUAUACCACAGGACAAUGGACAUAAAAAAAAAAUAGGAAACAAAAUUUGAAAAAUAAAUCUUUAAAAAAAGUCUGAAGAUGUGUAAAAAUUAUAUAAAAGGGUUAAGGUGGUGAUGUAAAAGAUAUUUAAAAAGAGAAAAUCUAUGAGACUCAAAGUGUUUGUUGUUGUUCUCUACUUGUAAGUAUUUUUGUGGUUGUGACAAUUUUUUCAUUCUUGUCUCACCGUUGUCUUUGGAUCGCCCUUGCAUAAUGAGAUGAGUGUGUUUCCUCCUGCUGUCUUGGCAAACUGGGUUGUAGCCUUGGGUUGUGAACCUGUAAAAUGCCAUGAUUGAAGCAUGCCAGUUUUUAUACAAAAAGGAGAUUUAUUUAUAAUAAAGGAAUGUUUUGCAAAUGUG